AUGAAUUACGACUGUGGCUCCCAGAUUGCAUCAGCUAGGGAUUCACUUGUUGAAAACUAUAGCGAAAUCUCAGCUGCAGCCUUGCUAGUCCUAGCACCUAAGGGUCAGUGCACCACAACACCUGUGGCUUUUGGGGACAGAGCAUUGUUGAGUAUAACCCCGCAAUCAUACCCUUGCAUAAAACCCACCAAUAGCAUAAGCUGCCUUGAUACAGAGUAUACUGGGCGCUUCUCCGAUGGAGCCACAUCAUGCGCCACGCCGGCUCCUCCUAGUUCAUCUGCUCAGCCACUUAUGCAGGGCUGCCUGAGUGACUCAUUGAGGUUGUCUCAAGGGGACGCCAUAAUUGAAGCGAUAACUAGCAGGAGUGAGAAAGAGGAGUAUAUGGAGAGGGAACUGGUCACAAGAGUUGAGAAAUAA